GCCGUGUAUACAUACGCACACAGGUGCCGGCGGCCAUGUCGGUCCUGUAGCUUGAACAAAGAGGAACACGGAACACUGUUUCUCGUUCCGCUCGUUCAACGGGGAAUUACGGCGCUGCGUUCGUUCAUUUCGACAUUUUCUGACCAAUGGCAACGCGAGAAUUACGUCAGGAAAAUGCAUGUUUACCAAUAGACGUUCCCACUUCAUCCUGUCCCGUGAUUUGUACCCUCUUCUUUUUAGUGGCGACAUCUUUACCUUACGUGCUGCAUUAUUUCAAAUUUCGCGCACGCGCCGUGUACGAUCACUUCUGUGGUCCGAUGUUACCCGCCAAUAGCGAAAAGAGGGUUAUGCGUAUUUGUUGUUCGUCAAAGAUAAGCAAAGAGUGGCAGAGAAAAGUUUAAGAGUGAAUAUGCCAUUGUGUUCGUUAGCCAAUUAAGUUAUUAUAACAGUUAUAAACUUUUAUAAUACUCAAAAGAUUAUUUAAAAAAAAAAACUAACUUUGGUUACGAACGCGUGUAGUUCAUGUAAGAGAACUGUAAACACAAUUUUCUUUCUAUAUCAAAUCAAUAUAAGAAUAUAAAUAAGAACGUGCAACUUUUUCCUGUAUAUUACCAAAAAAAAAAAAAACAUGGAAGUGGCUCCAAUGGGCAACUUGCCUUGCAGCAAGGAUUUAUGGUCUAUAAUAUCUGCCACAACAUGUUGUUGCGCCAAAGAAACUGUAGAAGAUGAGAUAAAAAAUGGAACUGUAUUACUCAAAGAAGGUCUUCAGUUUUUUAAGCCUUACACAGAUGCAUCAUUGCAAAAUAUUGCUAAGAAGGACUCACCUCCUCUUCAACAGAUAUAUGAUUUGAUCAGUAAACUUGCUCCACUUCUUAACUUGGAUGCUACAAUUACUUGGAAUUUGGUGUGUAAUUUUGUAUCCUACGAAUACAGAAAUUGCGCUGAAACUUUUGCAUCACAGCUUUGUGAUCAUACUUCUAUAAAAGCGUUAAUCGAUGAUAUUUGGAACUUUUAUUAUUCUGAGAGAAUAUUUUUGAUAAAAUGUCUCAAGCUCAUGAUUGAAUAUAAAGACGACAAGAAACAUCCACAUCACAAGCAAUUCACAAAAUUUUUCAAUGAAGUUUUGAUGGGAAAUCUGCUUGAGUCUAUACGAAAGCAAAUAGAAGCACUGAAGUUUGUAAAUCCACCUACGCGAUCACAAUUUUGUACAGAGGAACAUUUGCACAGAUUGUACAAUAGUACUUUGGUAGAAAUACGCGAGUUGCUUCACAUACUGACCAUGAUCGUGUACGAUGUACAUAUUGCUGAUGACAAGUUUGUCCAAUUCUACGGAAGCAUUGCGGGCGAACCUAGACGAUUAGCAAGUACAAAAAGUCAUGAAGACAAGGAAGCUAUUACUAAAAAAAUUGAAGAGAUACAAUACAGCCAAGUGGCAUUGCUACUUGUAGCAUUAGACGUGAAUAAACACACUGCUAUGGAAGAUUGGAUAAGUGGCGUCAGAAGCAAUAUGCAGGAAAUCUUUGAACAGAAGUGCGUUCGUGAGAGUUUACCGCAAGAUGGGCCGUUACUUUUGUCGUGGAUGUUAGCAAAUUACGCAAUUGAUCCGGACAACGUAGAUACGUUAAACCGGUUUAAGCCGUUCGGAGUCAAAGCUAUACAGCUCGACGUAUUUCACUAUUUGCGAGAUUUAAUCAACUGCGAAAUGUUUCAAGAAGAAACUCACUACGCCGCGGUCGUGCAAAGAACCGUUUACAAUCUCCUCGUUCUGUUGUGCGAAUUUGUUGAUCAGGAUCGAUUGAGCGCUUUUAACGGUAUUUUCGACGCUAUGGCUGCUACAGUCAAGUUUCCGGAAUGCGCGGCUAGAUUUUGGAACGAGCGAGAUGAAGGUCUAUGGCAGAUUUUUGCGGUUGCCGUACAAUUGUAUCCCUACAAGUUCGAGCCUUUAACCAGUAUAGCUAUUGCUCUAGCAUCCGCGAGCGUUGCGAGUGCUAAGAAGAUUGCCUUGGAGCUGGACAAUCUACCGUCGUUAACUUUAGAAAUUCCUCGUCAAAUGGAUCACAGCAAGUCGUUUCAACCGUACGAAGCGGAAUGUACAAUACAAAAGAAUUCGUUUAUUAUAUCCUGCCAUUGUGCGCGCGAGAAUAUCGUCGUAUUGUCGAACGAACGAGAAGUGAUCUUGUUUCAUGUAAGAGCAAGUUACUGGGAUGCUUUGCAUUAUAAAAUAGAACAGUUAUUUUCGGAGGCGAACAGAGGAAUUGACAACGUCUUGACUCCUGAGCACGUUUAUCAGGGUCUGCAAUUGGUGAAUGCGUUGUUGGCCAAAGACAUCGAUAUACCAUCGAGUAUGGUCGCUCCUACGGAAUUGAGUUUCGAAAUCGUUAAUCGAUUUUCAUACUUGGCAGCGUUACGACCACCGCCGACUACGUACAGAUGCGUUGUCGUGUGCAUUAGCAUCUCGUCAAAAUUGGUCCUGAGAUAUCCCGAGGAGAUUCUCUCGCGAAUGAGAUCGAGUGUUUAUCCGAAGUUCAACAAGUGGUAUCAGGAGCCCAUGGAUUACGCAAAAAUAAUCUCCUUCGAGGGUGGUCACAUCGCAUCAUGGAUUUUAGAGAUAGAAAGCAUCGAGCACACUUAUCCUGUUCUGCGCGCGUUUUUGGACACUUUGUACAAUUAUCUGAUCACCAAGCACAGCGUCGAAGCUAUGUACGCUAUCGAAAUACCGGGUAUGGUGUAUCUGCUGUACACCAUAUUACCGGGAUUGGAGUCGUGGUAUUUCAAGUCGAGCGCGGAAAGAAUCGAUUUACGACUGAAGACUAUGUUUUGCAUCCAUCGAGCUCUUGAUUCGAGUUUGCCUAAGGACGAUUUUCGCAAUCAGUUGCAGUGUGUAGUGGUAUACUGUCUGUUAUACUUGGAGCCGCGUCACGCGCUACUGAAAUUGCUUCGAACGGGCGAGCGUACAUUGCACAAUCAAAUGAUCACGGAGACCGAUUGGAUUAGUGGAAAGGGAUUCAAGAUGGCUAAGAGCGUAGAACUGGCUCUCUCGAUAGUCAAUCGAUUGUUGAUGUUCAGAAAAUCUUUGGAUCUGAAAUCUAAAGUAGACAGAUCGCCACUCGAGAUUGCUCUGUAUUCCUCUCCAAGAUCACCCAACGGACUUUUAAUAGUGCCGACCAUCGUUAAUUAUCUGUACGUCUGGUUUAGCCCUUCGCUGCAAAAGAUGGCGGUCAGAUUGUUGAAGAAAUUCGCGGAAGAGUUUUCCAUGUCAUUGCUCGUCUGCAUGGGAAUGGAUGGCACCUCCAUACGAGAAACUUUCGCGUAUCGAUUGACGCUGCCGACGUGUGCGCUCGAAGUAAAGGUCGCUAUUCUAGAACUGGUAGCUGUUUGUCUGGAGAAACAGCCCGGUCUAACGGAAGCUCUCUUCAAUAUUAUGCAUCAAGCGGAAAGCAAAAGAAUUUUCCCACGUCCGGCCGAUGAGUUUCUUACGGAAGGCUGCCGGCAAUUUUUGGACUCGUAUUUGGAACGAAUGUACAAGGAGGACGACAUUGUUUGCGAUCAAUUGUAUGAGAGCACGAUGACGGUGCUGCGCGCCAUGUGGUAUUACAAAAACGAAAUUCUCGUCAAUUUCUUUCGGAAGCGAGAGAAUUUCUGGAGUCACCUUUUCGCGCCGCUUUUCAAGCCUUUGGUGCGAGGCACAAAAGGUUAUUCUCAAUUGUUGGAUGUAAUUACGUUGGAACUGUACAAGAGUCCAUUGCUAGAGACUAAUUUCUCGAAAAAUUUGAGAGAGCUCUUGGACAAGUCUAAAGACUAUUGGAAAAAACUGGCUGUCUACGUCCUCGUUGUAAACGGAGAAGGCGAAAACAACAAGGAAGAACAUUCGAAACAGGACAAGUCUAUCGCGGAACCGUUAUACGAGCUUAAUUUGGAAUCUUGGUACCACUUUAUUGUUAUACUCACUGAUGAUCGAACGGCCAAAAAUUAUUCGAUUAACGUAACCCAAGCGCAGUUUCUUACUCAAUUGGCCUUGGAUUCUCUGUUGGAUCGAUUGAAACAGCUUCAGCAACAACCGGAUUCCACUAAAUGUUCAAACAUCGGUAAGAUUCCGAUGUUGCUCGCCUCUUUGUCUCUAAGAUGUAUCACUUCUUGGAAACAAAUGUGCGUGGGCGACUCGAGAAUAUUCAAAGCCAGACUGUCGCAACUCACUCAAGAAAUAGCGUCCUUUAUCUCUUCUUAUCACGCUGGCAAGUCCUUACGAGAAACGCUGAUCUCGUUGCUGCUCGGAUGCCUGCAACUGGUGAAAAGUACAGUGGCCGAGGAUUCAGCGAGUCUCGAAUAUCUCUUAGCGCACUCUUGCGUAAUCGCAAUCUACGAGUUGGAGAAAUUGAAGGAAGCGUUUCGUCGUCACCAUGAAAUCUCCGUCGAUGUCAAGACCGAUCAAAAGGAUACGCAAAAGAAGACAGAGCGCUUCUACAAUGUGGAAACGCUUCGUGGUAUACGGGAAAGUUUACCGGCGACGUUAGCCAUUUGUAUGGUGACGCAGUUGUUACGAUCGUAUCUCGAGCGGAAUGCAAGCGUGAAACAUCGUUUGAGAAUCAGUUGCAUGCAACUUCGUCAAAUGAUACCCGAGCUUAUAGCGUGCAUUGGUUCCACGUUGCAGAAAUAUCCGUACUUGAAAUUCAGUACGGCGGCUAUGAGUUUAUUGGGUGUUAUAUCUCGUUCGCCGUAUUGUCCGCAUCUUUUUAAUUAUCACGACAUCGCGAAACUUUGGCUCAACUUAACUCCUCCGGCGGACAUUCAGUACAGCAUGCUCGACUCGCUGUAUGAAUAUUCAGUGAACGGUCAGUGGCGUUGCCAGGAUUGGUGGCAGUUGUACACAUUGGGUUUGGAGUUUCUGAUAGGUCUGGUCACCAGCGAGACACACACAGUGUACGCUCAUCAUGUGGAGAGCUUCUUACAGUUUCACGAACAUCAGUUAAUGGUCGUGUCCACAUUACUGAGACAUACCGCCGAUUUGCUGGCUGCCGAUCUGAUACAAUCGUUGGUUGCCCUUAUACACGCCGUAGCUACGCAAACGUAUAUUUGGAACAUGAUACAGCCGAGCGUUCGCGAGACUCUCAUCAAGUGCACGUACUUGGCGUAUGACAGCACGGUGAAUCUGUUGUUGAGGCCGCGAAUACUCAAAUUCAUUAUCGACGGUAUCAGUAUGGAAAGCGCCGAAGAGCUCGAAUCUUGCGACAAUCGAUUACCCAGUGGUGAGCUGAGAUUGUUGGUGAACAAACUCAUCGUUAUAAACACGACAUGCGCGUUGAGCUUUGUUCACUUCUCGCCAAGAUUGAACACCCUAAUGGACACGAUAUAUACUCAGGAUUAUUGGUACACACCGAUGGCUGAGAUGAACUUCGGACCUCCACAGAUGAGCAUGAGCUCCGGUCCGCAGCUCACUUACGGCACGAUCAUCAGCUCGACCCAGCUGUUCACUCAGGCUCUGCAUUCGCGCUUGCAACCUGCCGCUUCAUUGCCCGCGUCUUCGACCCCGCAUUCCGGACGAGAAGACAAAACCGAUUCUGCGAAGAAAGAGUGGGAACGCGCCGCGCCAGAAAAUCUCAGACGCAUGCACACGAGUAAAGAUUUACGAAGAAUUAUUCACGGGGCCUCGACCAGGUCGUCGUCAAACGUAGCUGGAGAAUUCUUGGGAUAUGUUAGUGGUCUGGACGUCACUGUACCAUUACUCAGCAGUCCUAGACUUGUACGCCGACCGUAUGAUCCGUUGAUAUGCGAAAAUACCAUUUUGUCAAGAGCGACCGCUUUGGCAACCGGCCGACACGUUACGAAGAGCAGCGGGAGCGCAUCUGCCGGUCCCGGCAACAGUAGCCCGAUCAUAGCGAGAAAUCACAGGUUCAGCGAUCCGUGGUUCGAAUCCAUGGAUGAGAACAAUACGCGACUAGCGUUGGAAAUCAAUCUGAUCCUGACGUUAUCCCAGGUAUUGGAAGGAAUGAAGAGUCCUAGACUCGCUUCGCGAGAUCGUCAACUUAUAGCACGGGAGACCGCUACGGAGCUGGGAAUCUUCUUCGAUUUCCUCGAACACCGCGGCACUCCCGAUAUCUGGCAGGUGAAAGGUUCUCUGAUAGACGCGGACACAAGAAGCUCCAGGACGAUUCAGGAUACGAGCGAUCCGAUACAAGCAAGUUUACCAGCAAGACUUAAGAAAAAUAGUACUAUUGAUAAAGCACCGGUGUGUUUGCCCGAUCAUGAAGAUUCUAUCGACGAGAUUCAGACGCAAGAGAAACGACUUGAGGACAGUAUCCUCACUACUGGAGCAUUUAAAACAAACGUUAGCAGUGUACAGUUUUUGCCGUUAAUGGGAAAGUUGCUCAAAACAGUUGUCGAAUCGUUGGAUUCGGCACAAUUCCGAUAACGAUUGUGAAAAAUCUAAAUUUUUUUUAACCAGUUAUAUAUAUUUAGUGUACAGUAUAUUCAUUUUAGAAUGAUGGAAGAAUAAUUCUUAACAUUUUUUUCAGUAUAUCAAUUAGUACAACUUUGCUUACAAUAAAUUGCAAAAAAAAAAACGAAAUUUAGAUAUUUUUCAAGUAUUGUUUCAUAUAAUCUGAUAUAUACAUGUAAUAUAAAUUGACUGUUUGUAUACGAUGUGAAAGAUGGUUUUUAUAAAGGUCUAUGUUGCUAACCGACAAUUUUAUUAUAACAACUAUUGCGUGCAAGAGAUGAUUAUUUGCACAAUCGUAUGUGAAUAAAAAACAAAGCA